AGCCGGUUGGAGCUCCGGUUUAACGCGGGUGGAUUUAGCGGCGGGAUGUGAGGAUAUGAGCGCGAGCGCCGGACCCAGAGGACGAGGAGACAUGUAGAAGCGGCUCCGCUCCGGGGGCGCCCUGCUGGGCUGAAGACUCAUUUAUUCAGGGAUCAUGUUCUAAACGGGACCCUGCGCAGCAAUGAAAGGCUUAGGGGCCACCCACAGCCGUCAUUUAUCUGACUCCUGCAUGCCCGUGGCGGGUCCCCAGGAGCCGAUAUGCCCCCUGACCCCGGAUCCUCACGCCACCUACCUGCUCAGCCCGUCCAUCAGCCACUACGGCACCCUGGACCCCCACAUGCAUCACUUCCCACCCACCAGCGCCAUCGCCUUGCAGUCCGACUGCCUUCUACCGCUCAACAACCAGCUGACCACCAGCAGCACCUUUCCUCGCUUCCAGUUCCCACCCCAGGCCGAGCAGGUCGACUACACACAGGGAUGCAUGUCUCAGACGGGCUCUCGGACAGGCACUCUCACCACCUCCGCGUCCCUGGGAACGGGCCUGGGUCUUGGACUUUCGGUAGCCCCUAUGAUCAGCAGCGGAACGGCAACGAUCUCUUCAGCCGCGGCGGCCAAGAUGAACCGCCUCCCGUCCGGCCUGCUGGACCAGCUGGAGCGGCAUGUUCCCCUGCAGCGCGAUGGCUUCAGCACGCUUCAGUUUCACAGGCGCAGUCGGGGCAGCAAACAGCGCAGCGAGAGCCCCGGUCGCAUACGCAACCUGGUGCAAUCCGUCCAGAAACUCUUCUCCAAGGCUCAGUCCAUGGAGCCCUCAGCGGGCAAAGGGAAUAAUCAGGGAGCCGAUGUUACCAAGGUCACCCGUCGCUCCAAGAGCAAAGAUCGUGCAAAGACGGAGGGUGCUAAGCAGCAGGGAAGGCCCAGCAUCCCCGGGUUCUGGAGCUCGGACGAUGCUCUGGAGGACGAAGCACCGAGUACGGAGACAUCCGGUCCCAUUGCCAUUGCUUACCGUAACCCGCUAACCAUGAUGAGUCUGGGCAGGGCAGUGUCAGACAGCCAGGCGCCACCUAGGACCCAAGUACAGGGCUAUAAUACCAUCGGUGCCCACCGUUCUCUUAAGACCUCCAAGAGCAGUGGAGAGCUAAAAAUACCAGCUGCAACCCCUGUGGGUGUACAGGCAGGGGAUACCAUACUGGCGAAAAGAGCCUCGUGGUCAACGCUAACCCUCAGCCAGGCGAGGCAAGUGCUACAGAACAAAACGGCCACAGUGAAUCAAACGCUCCUCAAUUCCAAGUCCUACAACCAGGAUUUAACCUCCAGCUUCCUACAGAUUCCUGUCGGGGACUGGGGUGGGACGUUGGGAAAAGGGGACGUCGGAGGUGGAGGGAAGAUCCCCUGCAGGAGGAUGCGCAGUGGCAGCUACGUCAAGGCCAUGGGUGACCCGGAGGACAGCGACCAGUCGGACGGUCCGCCUUCGCCGAAACCCUCGCCAAAAACAGCCGCUCGGCGCCAGAGCUACCUGAAGGCCACACAGCAAUCGCUCAGCGAACAACAGCCACCGCUACCACCUCGCAACUGCUUGCCAUCUCUACGUGAAAUUACCACCAAUCGCAGCCUGGAUAACCUGGACUGUCUGGGAGGUCAGACUGAAUCUCAGCUCUGGGGGACAGAGAGGAACUUCAGUCAUGGCUCGUCCACACUGGGCCGAAGCUCUGGCAUCAGCCAGGUGGAAUCGAGCUGCCUGUGCUCGUCGUCACACGGAAGCGUGGAGUCGCAGGCAGUGGACGCUCUGGAUCUGUCUACUCCGACUUGCUUCCGGUCACGCAGCCACAGCUACCUGCGCGCCAUCCAAGCCGGCUGCUCUCAGGACGAUGACACUGACUCAGACGAGCCUCUGCUUACAUCCGCCAGCAGCACCAACACCUGUAAUCCCCUCCCGCCUCCUGUCCCGCCCCGCUCAACCUCCAAGCCCUUUAUCUCGGUGACGGUGCAGAGCAGCACCGAGUCGGCGCAGGACACGUACCUGGAGAGCCAGGAGCAGCGCAGCGAGGUCAACAGCCAAUCGGGACGCAGCAACUCCUCCGACAGCGCCACCAGCUCCAGGACGGGCAGCCUGGCCAAAGCCCCCAUCUCGCUGGUGCCUCAGAACCCCGUUCCACUGCCCAGUGCCAGGGUGAGCAGCCCUCCUCCACCCCCUGCUGCCCGCGAGACGCAAACUGUGAGCAUCGGGCUCGGUCAGGACGAGCCUUACAGCGCCUCCAAGAGGAAACUCUCCUCUAUCGGAGUUCAGGUUGACUGUGUUCAGCCUCUGCAGAGGGUGGAACAAACUCCAACCACCAAGUUCCAGUCCAUCGGAGUCCAGGUGGAGGACGGCAGGCCGCUAAGCCGCUUCAGCAGCAUGGCGUCCAGACAGGAAACGACCGACACAGAGUCUCAUGAUCGCACGGAGAGUAAACCAGCAGAGACCAGCGCUCGCGUCUGCAGCACUCAGACCUCCGAUACUCCAGGCAGAACGGAGCGAGUACUGAAAGGCUCCUCGGCCACGUCCGAGAGCGUGGACGCAGCUCUGGACCCGUCCUAUCUACCACCUCCUCCCCCGUCCCUCCAGAGCAGCAGCGGGAGCAUGAACGGAGCCUCGGAGCAGCCCGGGGCCCCGGCGUCGUGCCUCAGGGACGGGCACGGAUUCCUCAGGCUGCUGCAGGCGGAGACGGGGCGCAUGGACGCCUGGUGCCAGCAGAUGGAGCAGGAGAGCAAAAAUAGACAUCUGUCAGAAGAAGUGCUGGGGAAGAUCCGCAGUGCAGUAGGCAGCGCUCAGUUGCUCAAAUCUCAGAAGUUCCAGCAGUUUCGAGGCCUGUGUGAGCAGAACCUGGACGCGAAUGUUCAGCCGCAGCCCACCGCUCAGGAUUUGGCGGGAUUUUGGGAUCUGCUGCAGCUUUCCAUCGAGGAUAUCAGCACCAAGUUCGACGAGCUACACCUGCUCAAAGCCAACAACUGGAAACAGCCAGUGAGCAACAACAAAAAGGAGGAGAGGAAAUCAGUUUCAGUGAUGACGCCGAAGAAAGCUCUAAAGCCCAAGCCGGCCGGGCCGAAGGAGAAGAGCAGCGGAGACUCGGCCGCUGAUAAACAGAGACAGGAGGCUCGCAAACGACUGAUGGCUGCCAAGCGAGCCGCCACCGAGCGUCAGAACUCAGCUACAGAGAGCGCCGACAGCAUCGAGAUUUACGUUCCUGAAGCCCAGACUCGGCUCUGAGAGAGGCCACACACACACACACACACACACACUUUUGCAUCUGCGUUUUCCUCUUCGUGAAGGACACGACUCGAGUGUGUGAGAAUCAGGGGAAUUCAACUCAGACAUGCAGAACAACUUCAGCGUGACGUUUCUUACUCUUAAUCUCGUGAUGAUCAAUAAUAAUCAGAGCUGUAAUUACCCCCAAAUAUAUCCAACAUCCAUCUGUAGAUCCUGGUCAUAUCAGGGACGACAUGUUGCGCUUGUGUAUGGGUGUGAUUAAGAAUCCUUCCCCCCGUCAGUCACUCCACUAAAACCCGACGUACGAAGCACGCACUCAGGAUUCUGCACGUCUGCACUUGUCUUUCAGCAACGUCUUCCUUUUAUUAUUAUUAUUUUUCUUAUUCUUCUUAUUAUUAUUCUAAUUAUUAUAAUGAUAUUAUUUUGGAAGAGUUGAGACUCACAUGAAUGUUACUUGAAGGAUUUUUUGGUGUACGACCCCUCAGAGAACCAUAACAAACCAUAACAAACCAACUACACAUGGUACGUCGUCACACUUACGCCAGGUUACUGACCUGUAAUUCUCAAUCAAGACCAAAUCUCAAUCUGAGAAUCUUACAUACAAAUCAUUUCUCUAAAAUCAUUUAUUUUUAUACCAUUCGUUUAUUUACAUCCAGUGCUUGAGCGCUGCUUGUGGAAUUAAAGGAUUGUAUCUGUGCCUGAAUGAAAUACAAAAGGAAAAUAAUAGAAUGAAUAAUCUUGUUAGGAAGUGAAGGAUAAUAUAGUAUGUAUGUGUAUUAUUAACUUACACAUCAUUAAAAAAACACGUUAUAAAAUGCUAAUUAAUUUUUAUUUAUUGUAGUUUAGUAGUAAGGGCAGUGGUAGCUCAGUGGUUAAGGUGAUAGACUAGUAAUCCAAAGGUUGCCAGUUUAAGCUUCACCACUGCCAAGCUGCAGGCCCUUAACCCUCAAUCGCUUGCAUUGCUUAAUUGCUCAAAUUCUAUACGGUCACAUUUGUAAGUCCCUGGCAGCACAGGGUGCUUAUGCAGACAGUAAGGGACAAAGGGGGGUUCAAUUAUGACCUCUGCUGGCUGAUUGAUGGUGCCUGCACAGAGACGGGGAAUAAUGGAGAUCAGUGCGCGACUCUCCGUGCACGAUACGGAUCUCUGUAUGUUCACGUAUCAGUCGGCUACUGCACACAUCAGUGUUAUAGUCCUGACCCUUCCCAGGAGGUCAGCAGCAGUAAAGAAAGCGAAAUGCGAUCAGGGAAUUGGAUACGACUAGAUUGGGAGGAAAAUUCACCUCACAGCAAGAAGGUCCUGGGUUCGAUCCCCAGGUGGGGCGGUCCGGGUCCCCUUCUGUGUGGAGUUUGCAUGUUCUCCCCGUGUCCGAGUGGGUUUCCUCCGGUUGCUCCGGUUUCCUCCCACAGUCCAAUGACAUGCAAGUGAGGUACACGUAUAAGAACUUGAACUGAUGAAUCUUGUGUAAUGAGUAACUACCGUUCCUGUCAUGAAUGUAACCAAAGUGUAAAACAUGACGGUAAAAUCCUAAUAAACAAACAGACGCAGUAAACUGUUAGAGGAGAGAUAAAAGAAACUUAACAUAUAUAUCUAUUAAAUAUAGAGUAUAUAUCUAUUAUCUAUUAAAUUAUAAAUUCUAUUAUUAUUACA